UUAAACUUUCCCUUGUGGGAUCCAAAAGCAAAGCCCAUGGUCCAACAAAUAGCAGCUGAAUUUUCUGUAGGCGGCAACUGAGGGGGCGAGAGUUAGGAAGAUGAGUAUGCCAAUGGCUGCUUCUACAACCAUAGUCACAGGAGAAGAGGAGAAGAAAGUCUCCGUUAGCCGCCAUUCUUUCCGGCAACCGACAAUUUGCUAUGAAGGUGAAGUUCUGGACCGUCUCCUCACGGCGAUUAAGAGGGAGAUAGCCACAGCCAGAAAAUCCGACAUAUCUUUACCUGAGAAAUUUUGGCUUAAGCAACAGUUUUCAGUAGGGGUGAAUGAAGUAACGCGGGUGCUUGAGAGAAUGCCCCCCAUUCCUGCUAAUGAACGCUCAUCACUAUCCCUUAAAAUGCAUUCAACUCGACUUCAGGUUAUACUAAUAGCAUCUGAUUGUCAUCCGCGGUUGCUGACCAAACAUGUGGAAAGCUUGGCUAGUUCAAAGAAGGUACCAGUUGUAUUCGUCAAAGACAAGAAAAGAGGUUCUUUGAGAUUGGGUGAACUGGUUAAACUUAAAACUGCAAUUGCCAUUGGUGUUAAGGAUAAAGGAAACAAGUUUAAUCAAUUUAUCAGCACUGAAAUACUCCACAAUUUUGAAUGACUAUUGCAAUGAGGCUUCAUACAGAGACAUUGAUCAAUAGUGUAUUGUGAAGGUGUAUCUAGUUUUUGAUUACAAACCUUGUAAAAGUGAAGUAAUAUGUAAUUUCAAGAAGCUUUUAUCUUCUUUACAAUGACAUGUACAUCAAGGAA